AUUCGCCUCAUCCCUUUCUUUGUUUCUUAAAUGAGAGCAGCGCAGAGAGAGCGAGAGAGAGAGAGAGAGAAGCAACAAAACAAAACAAAACAAAACAAGAAGGCUGAGUGCAUUUAAUCAUUUCUCAGAGCCUUAAUUUAUAUAUCUUUCAGCUGCCGCAGAUCACCUCCAUAAUUUACAGAGCAUUUUGGUACCAAAGCUAGCUGUAGUAGCCUUUUCACAUGGCCUCUCUUACUCCUCACUUACUCUCUCUCUGUUCUUCUUCUUCUUCUUCUUCAGGGGAGAGAUGUGGGUUAUGAUUAUGAACCACACACUCCACAAAAACCAUGACCUCCCUAAACCCCACUCCUCUUCUUCUUCUUCUACUUCUAACUCUUCUAGCUCAAUGCUCUUCUGGGCUCGACACAGACGGUCUUCUUCUCCUCUCCUUCAAACUCUCUAUCCUCCAAGACCCUCAGCGAGUUCUUCAAACUUGGAACCCCUACGAUACAACACCAUGUUCAUGGCGAGGUGUGACCUGCGCCACAAUUCUCACUCCUCCUGAGAAUAUCUUCUACCCUAGAGUCAUAGGCCUAGCUCUGCCCAGCUCUGCGCUUGUGGGUUCGAUCCCUGCCAAUCUUGGCAUGAUCGAACACCUUCAAAGCCUCAAUCUUUCCGACAAUUCCCUCAAUGGGUCUCUUCCACUGUCUCUGUUCAACGCAACCGAGCUUCAAGUUUUGGACUUGGCAUUCAAUCGAAUACUUGGUCCGCUACCCGAAACCAUUUCAGGGCCCAAAAAACUCCAGCUUCUUAACCUCUCUGAUAAUGCCUUGGAGGGGAAGAUACCCAGUAAUCUUGCUUCUCUGAGCAACUUGACUGUGAUUUCUCUCAAGAACAAUUACUUCUCCGGCGAAAUUCCGACUGGGUUUGCAGCCGUGGAGGUUUUGGAUCUGUCUUCGAAUCUGAUCAACGGAUCUCUGCCGUCGGAUUUCGGCGGCGACAGUCUCCGUUACUUUAACGUCUCCCACAACGGACUCUCCGGCGCAAUCCCAGCUAACUUCGCCGAGAAAAUUCCCGGUAAUGCGACCCUUGAUCUCUCCUUCAACAACCUCACCGGCGAAGUCCCGGAAUCUCCGGCUUUCUUGAACCAGGAAACGGCGGCGUUUCGCGGCAACCCUGAUCUGUGCGGCGAAGCAACCGAGAACAACCCGUGCCCUAUUCCUUCUUCACCUUCUUCCAAUGCACCCAAUUCUCCUCCGGCUUUUGCCGCAAUUCCCAGAACGAGAAAUUCCACCAACGCAGAUGAAACUUCGCCGGGAUCGUCGGAAAAAUCCCAAUCCGGGCUCAAAGCGGCGACAAUCGUCGGAAUCGUGGCCGGCGACAUUGCUGGGAUUGCAAUUAUCGCGAUGGUGUUCUUGUACAUGUACAGAUUGAGGAAGAAAAAGAAGGAGAAGGAGAAGACAACAAGCGGCGACGUCACUACGCUGAAGAAAGAGGCCAACCCAGUAGUGACGGAUUGGUCUUCUUCUUCAUCAGAAUCAAGAGGGUUCACGCGGUGGUCUUGCUUGAGAAACAAGAAGGGCGAACCAGAGGAGCAGAGCUCCGAUUCCAGCAGCUCUUACAGCGAAGAAGUUCAAACGGAGCAGAAUGGUCAGAAGGGUAGUGAGAGUAAACGGCAAACAGAGCAAGAACAGAGCAAAGGCGGCACAUUGGUGACCCUGGACGGCGAAAAGCAGCUAGAGCUCGAGACUCUGCUUAAAGCAUCAGCUUACAUUUUGGGUGCUACUGGUUCUAGUAUAAUGUACAAGGCGGUUUUGGAAGACGGGAGUAGUCUAGCGGUUCGGAGAAUUGGCGAGCAUAGUGUCGACCGGUUCAAGGAUUUCGAGAACCAAAUCCGGCUCGUAGCGAAAUUGGUCCACCCAAAUCUGGUUCGAGUUCGCGGGUUCUUUUGGGGAGUUGAUGAAAAGCUCAUCAUCUAUGAUUUCGUCCCAAAUGGCAGCCUCGCCAAUGCUCGUUACAGGAAGGUGGGCUCGUCGCCUUGUCAUCUACCAUGGGAAGCGAGGUUGAGGAUAGCCAAGGGGGUGGCCCGUGGGCUAGGGUACCUCCACGAGAAGAAGCACGUCCACGGGAAUCUCAAGCCCACCAACAUUCUCCUCGGCGCUGAUAUGGAGCCCAAAGUCGGUGAUUUUGGCCUCGAGAGGCUCUUGUCCGGUGAUACGAGCUACAAAAUAGGGAGCUCGACUAGGAAUUUCGGAAGCAAGAGGUCGACGGCUUCACGUGAUAGCUUUCAAGAUUUCGCGUUAGGGCCCAGUCCGGGCCCUAGUCCGAGCCCUAGCUCGAUGGGGACGUCGCCCUAUCAUGCGCCCGAGUCACUUCGGAGCCUCAAGCCCCACCCCAAGUGGGAUGUGUACUCAUUUGGGGUCAUAUUGCUUGAGUUGAUAACGGGAAAAGUUGUGGUUGUGGAUGAGUUGGGCCAGGGUCUUGGGCUAGCCGUCGAUGAUCCGAACCGCGCUUUUCGGAUGGCGGAUAUGGCGAUUAGAGGCGAGUUGGAGGGCAAAGAGGAACCCUUACUGGCUCUCUUCAAGUUAGGGUACAGUUGUGCAUCACCAGUUCCACAAAAGAGACCAGCAAUGAAAGAAGCCCUACAAGUUCUUGAGAAAUUUCCAUGUUCACCUUCAUCAUCAUAUUAUUAUGGCCACUUAUAAAUGUUUUGAACACUUAAUGUGUAGAGAGUUGUAUGUAUGAUUGACUAGUAGUUUUUCCUCUUCUUCUUCUUCUUCUUCUU